AUGAAGUUUCUUCCACUCGUAACAGCACUCCUUCUCGUGCUUGGUUUGGCAUCAACAAUUCAAAGCUCAAUAAUUCAGAAACGAACAUCUUUCGGAAUGGAAGGUGGCUGUUCCUCAAGAAUUGCAUUCGAAGAAUAUCAGAACACAACUAAUUGCACACCUCAACCCUGUCAUAUGUUGAAUCUCGCUGCAGAACAAUUUGACUGUGUAGAUCAUUUUCCUUCUUUAUUUCCUCGAAAUAGUGUUCUUUUUAUUGAACAUGCCAAUAACUCGUGUGAUGAUCCGAAAAUUGUGUCACUCAUCAAUAUUAAGUUUGGUGUUUGCUUUAAACAUGGAAGUAGUAUUCUGAGUAAAUAUGGAUUGAGUGGUGCCUAUAUCAAUUUUAAGGAUUGCAAAACAAUUGAAACAGUUAUGGAUGCAUACAAUUUUGGAUGCUCCCAUGGUUUUAAUGAAACAAUUACCAAAUCAUGUUCAAAUGGAGUUUCUUUCAAGUGUUUCUAA